CCGCUCCUCGCUCCGGCUCGCAUUUUAUCGCAGGCGGCCGGCGCAGCCCCCUCUCCCCAGCCCCGGCCCCGGCCCCGGCCCCCGCCCACCCCCGGGGUGGAGGCAGCCGCGCCGAGCCGCCCGCGGGAAGCAGGCACCGCUCCGCCGGGCUCCGCGCCCCUCCGCGCCCCUCCGCGGGGCCAUGCAGCGCCCCUGCCCCCCCGCUACCGGCCGUGCCCCUCGCCCCGCCGCCCCCCGCGCAGCCUGAGCGCCUCGCGGGGGCUCCGCGCCCCUCCGCGCCCCUCCGCGCCCGGCGGUGGGACGGGGCCGGCGGAGGCAGAGCCGGCACAGCGAAGCUCCGCGGCUCUGCGCGACUUCCCCCCCCCGGCCCCGGCCAUGGGGAAGGGGCUGGAGGGGACGGCGGCCCGCUGCGGGCUGGGACUGGGAUACCUGCUGCAGACCGUGGUGCUCCCCGCCCUGGCCGUCCUGGGGGCCAGCCGGCCCGGCUCCGCGGCGCAAGAUGAUGAUUUUUUUCAUGAACUUCCAGAAACUUUUCCAUCUGAUCCUCCAGAGCCAUUGCCCCACUUCCUCAUCGAACCUGAAGAGGCUUACAUUGUGAAGAACAAGCCCGUGAAUCUGUACUGCAAAGCGAGCCCAGCCACACAGAUCUAUUUUAAGUGCAACAGCGAAUGGGUUCAUCAGAAGGACCAUGUGGUAGACGAGAGAGUAGAUGAAACCUCUGGUCUGAUUGUCCGAGAGGUAAGCAUUGAGAUUUCCCGCCAGCAAGUGGAGGAGCUCUUCGGGCCUGAAGAUUACUGGUGCCAGUGCGUUGCCUGGAGCUCUGCAGGCACCACCAAGAGCCGGAAAGCCUACGUCCGCAUUGCAUAUCUCCGGAAAACUUUUGAGCAGGAGCCCUUAGGGAAAGAAGUGUCCCUGGAGCAAGAGGUCCUGCUCCAAUGCCGCCCCCCCGAAGGCAUCCCUGUAGCCGAGGUGGAGUGGCUGAAGAACGAAGAGGUGAUUGAUCCUGUGGAAGAUCGAAAUUUUUACAUCACCAUCGAUCACAACCUGAUCAUUAAGCAAGCCCGGCUUUCUGACACUGCCAAUUACACUUGUGUUGCCAAGAACAUUGUGGCCAAAAGGAAAAGCACCACAGCGACUGUGAUUGUCUAUGUGAACGGAGGCUGGUCUACCUGGACCGAGUGGUCAGUGUGUAACAGCCGAUGUGGGAGAGGCUUUCAGAAGCGUACGAGGACCUGCACCAAUCCUGCCCCACUCAACGGUGGUGCCUUCUGCGAGGGCCAGAGUGUUCAGAAAAUAGCUUGCACCACUCUGUGUCCAGUGGAUGGCAAGUGGACGUCCUGGAGCAAGUGGUCCACCUGCGGCACAGAGUGCACCCACUGGCGCCGGAGGGAGUGCACGGCCCCGGCGCCAAAGAACGGGGGGAAGGACUGCGAGGGGCUGGUGCUGCAGUCCAAGAACUGCACCGACGGGCUCUGCAUGCAGGGUUUCAUUUAUCCUAUUUCAACUGAACAGAGAACCCAGAAUGAAUAUGGAUUUUCUUCUGCUCCUGACUCAGAUGAUGUUGCUCUCUACGUUGGGAUCGUCAUAGCCGUGAUCGUGUGCCUGGCUAUUUCUGUGGUUGUGGCCCUGUUUGUCUAUCGCAAGAACCACCGUGACUUUGAGUCAGAUAUUAUCGACUCCUCGGCGCUAAAUGGGGGAUUUCAGCCUGUUAACAUCAAGGCUGCAAGGCAAGACCUCCUGGCGGUACCACCAGACCUCACUUCUGCUGCAGCCAUGUACAGAGGUCCUGUUUACGCCUUGCAUGACGUCUCUGACAAAAUCCCAAUGACCAAUUCUCCGAUCCUGGACCCGCUGCCCAACCUGAAAAUCAAGGUUUAUAACACCUCUGGUGCAGUCACUCCCCAGGACGACCUCUCUGACUUCUCCUCCAAGCUGUCCCCGCAGAUUACACAGUCACUGUUGGAGAAUGAGACCCUGAACAUGAAAAACCAGAGCCUUGCUCGGCAAACAGACCCAUCGUGCACUGCAUUUGGGACCUUCAACUCCUUAGGAGGUCACCUAGUAAUUCCCAAUUCAGGAGUAAGCUUGCUGAUCCCAGCGGGGGCCGUUCCACAAGGAAGAGUCUAUGAAAUGUAUGUGACAGUUCACAGGAAGGAGAACAUGAGGCCGCCUGUAGAAGACAGCCAAACGCUGCUGACGCCGGUGGUGAGCUGCGGCCCGCCAGGAGCACUGCUAACUCGGCCCGUCAUUUUAACCAUGCACCACUGCGCAGAACCGAACACGGAGGACUGGCAGAUCCAGCUGAAGCAGCAGGCUGCCCAGGGGCCCUGGGAGGAUGUGGUAGUGGUCGGGGAGGAAAACUUCACCACUCCGUGCUAUAUCCAGCUGGACCCAGAGGCCUGCCAUAUCCUGACAGAAACCCUCAGCACAUAUGCCUUGGUGGGACAGUCAAUCACCAAAGCAGCAGCCAAACGUCUCAAACUGGCCAUCUUUGGACCCCUGUCCUGCUCUUCGCUGGAGUACAGCAUCCGGGUCUACUGCCUCGAUGACACGCAGGAUGCCCUUAAGGAGGUCCUCCAGCUGGAGCGGCAGAUGGGUGGGCAGCUUUUGGAGGAACCCAAAGCUUUGCAUUUUAAGGGAAGCACCCACAACCUCCGCCUAUCCAUUCAUGACAUUGCCCACUCUCUCUGGAAGAGCAAACUGCUGGCGAAAUACCAGGAGAUUCCCUUUUACCACAUCUGGAGUGGAUGCCAGAGGAACCUGCACUGCACCUUCACGCUGGAAAGGUUCAGCCUGAAUACCCUGGAGCUGGUGUGCAAACUCUGUGUGCGGCAGGUCGAAGGAGAAGGGCAGAUCUUCCAGCUCAACUGUUCUGUCUCAGAGGAACCUACUGGCAUCGAUUAUCCUCCCGUGGACUCAGCAGGCACCAUCACCACCAUAGUAGGGCCCAGCGCUUUCAGCAUCCCCCUCCCGAUAAGGCAGAAGCUGUGCAGCAGCCUGGACGCGCCCCAGACUAGGGGCCACGACUGGCGGAUGCUGGCCCACAAGCUGAAACUGGACAGGUACCUAAAUUAUUUUGCUACAAAAUCGAGUCCCACUGGGGUGAUCCUGGAUCUCUGGGAAGCCCAGAAUUUCCCUGACGGCAACCUGAGCAUGCUGGCGGCGGUUCUUGAAGAAAUGGGAAGACACGAAACUGUUGUUUCUUUGGCAGCAGAAGGAAAUUACUGAUGCAGCCUUGGUGUGAACAGGAAGGACAGACGCAGGGAGCGGUAAUGCCCUGUUAUUACAAAUGAGAAUUGAAAUGAAAACCCAGACCAAUGAGUUACACAAGAGACAUUUCAGAGAAGAAAGCAAGCAAACAAAAAAAAAAUCAGCCCUGACCUUCACACGUGCUCUCCUUGUACAUUAUCACAGGAUCUAAAAGAAAUCAUGCAAAGUUGUACCUUGAAAAUAUAAAUCAACCUAAUGUUCCUCUCGGCUUGGCUGUACACUGCUUGGUACAGGAUUUUACAGUUUCCUAGGAAACGCUUUUUAUUGCUAUCCAGAUAUAUGGAUAAACUUUCUUAACAAUCCCAGUUUCUAUGGAUGUUGUUUACAUCAAAUUCUGGACAGGGGUAAGGAGACUGUCCAUGGCUCUUUAUAUUUUUUGUUUAAAGCCAUUCUAGACAAGGCUGUGGACAGUUGGUUGUGGCUGUUUCAGCUUAUUGGUUUCUGGUGAAUUCAGAUUUUGGCUACAAUUCUGCACAUCAAUUGUCUUACAAUGAUCCUCCUGUCAUUGUUCUGUUUCCUAGACCUACUUCUUAAAAAAUGAAAAAAAAAAAACAACCAAGAAAAUCAGAGUUUAAGAGGUGUGCAUCUGUAAAGCAGGUACUCUGGGUGCUAAGCAGGAACACACGUAACAUCCCCUUCCUUCCCCAAAGCAGUCCCACUGAGCCUGUGUGGAGAACAGCUGUAGGACAGUGGGGAACGUAGGAUCAGAGUUAAUUUCCAAUUCACAAUGUGACAACAUGCUUUCCACCCCUUUGCAGUAUGAGGGGGCUGGAUAUGCAAUUCAGAGUGGUUAGGGGGGAAAAGGAAAAAAAAAAAAACCCAGAAAAAAAUAAAAAAGAGAAGUUGCUAUGAUAAUUAUUUACUGAUUAGUAUCUAGUGCAAGGAUUAUAAUGAAUAUUAUUAAUAAUAUUACCAUUAUUACUUUAUUUCUAAUUUUGUCAGCAGCAGAAUGAAUAAUUCCCAUUUUUAUGGAACCUGUUGUCCCCUUCCUGAAGGUCUUCUAGGACCCGUCCCUCUAUAUGCUGUCUGUCCUUCCCUUCUCCAGCCAUCGUAGUCCUCCUCCAAAGUCCUCUGCUAGCCCACAAGGGUUGCUCACCUUGCGUUAGCAUUGCUGUGCUUCAUGGCCAAUGCAAAUGUGGUAUAAACUUGUGACAUGCUGCUGGUCACUGAGCUGCACCCACAAAGGCUCCAACCCAGCACCCCUCCAAGGGAUGCUUUGUACCACCUUGGUGCCUCCAGGUUGCUCCAAGAAGCAAUCCUGUCCCGAGGUGGCUGUGAACCAGUGAUGGCCUCCCAGUCCAAAUGCAUGUAGCCCACUGGUUCAGGAGCACUGGUGCAAGCACUUGGAGGCACUGACGUUGACCACCAGAUUUGUGCAUCCCAGCUGGGCCUCCAUAUGUCUUGCUUUGAAGCAGUCUGAGAGCCAGCAGCUCCUGUUUGUUAGCUUCUCCCGGAGCUGCAGAUACUCUUACUGAAACCACCUCCCCAGGUCUGUGGUGGUCAGGGCUACUGGGAGUUACCUGCUGGGUCAUUUCUGGGUGAGAUGUGCUCAGCGGCUCUCUGCUGCUCUUCCAAGCUUGCGGCAGCCAGGGAAGCCUCUGCUGCGUGGGCCAGUGUAGGGUGGUGGGGUGGUGAAGCUGAAACCCCGUGUACUGCAGUUUGCUGCCUGCGCUGCGCCAGGUCCUCCCUGGCUCACCGGGGACGUUUGUCCCUCUCAGUCACCACAAACAGGUGAAGUAGAAACUUGGCAAAAGGAGCAAACUGUUGCUUUUUCGGUUGUCACUGCAAACAUAUUUUAUUUUCUGCUCAGUGAAAAGACUGACUCUUUGGUACAUGACAGCACAUAGGAUUAUAGUAGUUUUACUGCCAGGCUUGUCUGUCGGCUACUUCUGGUGCAAAGAACGCUUUCUUUCCCAGCCUGUCCACUCCAGGUUUCCAGCCAGGCCCUGGUUAUUGGUGUUGUGCACAAAUGCAUGCGCCUGCCCACGCACAUAUUCCCGCUUCAUCUGCUUCCGGAGACUGGAGUUUGUUUGUUUUCUUUUGUGUUUUUGGUUUUAUUUUUUCCUCAAGGCUUUCCAGAUUGUGCCUUUAAAGGUAACUUUGAAAAUGUCAUUGGUCAGAAUGAAAGGAAAAAUUUCCUCUGACCUUUUUCCCAUUUGACAUUUCCAUAGGCUUGGGACUUUUUGUUUUUAAUUUCUCAGCUCCCUGACACCAGUGGGGUUUUGAUUGACUGCGGGGCAGCGAUCACAGAGCACUCCCUUCCUCAUAAGAGGUGAUGUGGGAGUUUGUAAACCAGCAUUUCAGUCAAAACCGGAGACCAGCAGACAUCCAAUUUAACUUUCAACAUCUGUCUGCAUUUUGCCUGCGUAAGCUCCACCUUCUCUGAAUGUGGAGAUGCCAAGGGCAUCCUUUCCACAAACAACCAUCUCCUUUUUCACCUUGGGCAUCUGAUGCAGGCCAUUGUAAUGCUAAUGGAAAUCUGGCUUUCAACUUCAGAGGCAUCGACUGGGGCUUCCAGCUCUGCCCCUUCCUUACAUUUUUUAACUUACCUUAGAGCUCUAAAAUGGCUCUUAAAAGAUAGGUCUCAGCUUUUCUCCCUCCUGUGCCAUCUUUAGGUGUAAACCAGUUGUACUUAAGUUUGUGUUUCUCCCCCGCACCUGUCAUGUGUGACUCCUCUUCAGGCAGGUGCAUGAACUGAACUGUCUUUCCGCCCCUUCCCCUCUCUGCCUCAGUCUUUGUUGGCUGAUGCCCAGGCUCACUGGUAUGCCCAGCUCUCAGCUUUUACUAGGUGGGCAGCGUAUGCACCCUUCUCACUGGGGCCUUGCCAGAAAGUUUCUCAUAGUUACCUGUAUUGCUAUGAGUCGGUGCUCCUUUUGCCAGCUCUCUGACCUAGGCCCUGACGCCUCCUUCAGGAAAAACAGAUGAGCAACAGUCUUAAAAUAGUCUGGGGCAUUUACCUUUUGCACCAUCACUGUAAACAGCACUUAUUGAGAGGAAAAGGCAUGCAUGCGCUGAAUAAGAGGAGCAUCCACAGAGGUAGAUGGUGGUCAAGACCAUCACUAGGGCAGCAGCAUCGCCAUCACUAGGCGGUGGAACUGCUCUUCUUCCAUCCCAGCUGCUCAGAAACCUUCCCUCGCCCAGUGCAAUCACAGGCGAGAUGGUUUCGCUGUCCCCUGCUCCAUAAGCUUUUGCAGGGUCCCAGUGCAGUGCCACGCGAGCUGCCCCAGCCCUGGCAGGGCAGGGAGGUGGUACCAGGGACGGUUCCUCGGCAGAGCCACACUUCAUCCCAGCAAGUCCUCACUUGUGCUUUGCCACCACUGCUCGUGGCAGCUCUCACCUCACCUGACACUCCCCACCGCGUUAAUUUUACUCACAGUUUUUUCUUUUUUCUGGGGGUACCGUGCUGGCAGGCGUGCAGCUGGGGAGAGGGCUCUGGGAUGCGCCAGUGGUGCUCACCCCUCAGCACCCCUGUCCUGCUGCCCGAAGGAGGGACGGUGGGAAGCAAGGGUGGCCAGAUCCACGCAGGAUAUUAUUUUUGGUCGGUGAAAAAAAACAGCAGCAGUCCCUCCACCUGCAUUGUGUGCACACAGUGCCAUCUCGUGGGGCUAAGCCUGGCUCCAACACACUGCUGCCACAGCACACAACAGCGUUAGGGAAUAGGCUUUCCCACAGAGCAGUUGUUAGUGAAAAAAAUGGCAAAUAAGUUUGGCAGACAGAACCGACCCUUAAGAAUUAUUGUAACAUUUUGUGUCAGGUAAGCACAUCUACUUUAAAAAAAAAAAAAAGGCUGCAGGCUUCUUAUCCUCCAGUUAUUACUACUAUUUUAACUGCAUAUCCUUUUAGUUGUCCACCCUUGGCUUUGUGCUGGAGCAGUUUCACUGCUCUUCACACCAUCUCUUCAUUACAUGUUGAUUGCUAGUGCUAUAAAUAAUAUAUAUUAUAUAAAUAUAUAGAAAAUAUCUACUGACUUCAAGGAAAACUUUUAAUUUCCAAGUGAGAAACACUAUCAGAGGCAGUCCUUUUCACCUGAUUUUUCUUCAGUUCUUCUUGUGUUGUGUCCUUGUAAAGGUGGCUGUCAGUGUGUAGGAUAAGUUUGGGGUUUGGAUUUUUUCUUUUCUGAAUUUUCUGAUCACAGCUGAUCCACUGUAUCUCACUAAACAGUGCAAGAUCUAAGUGCUGUUUUACUGAAUCUCAAAAAUUUUGAGGCAGUGAAGGCCUCUUGAGUCAGGAUUUGCUUCCAUGAGAGACCAAGACUCUUUUUUUUCCGUAUCGCUGGCAGAAAUGCAGACACUCAUGAGACAUGUUGGAGUCUGGGAUGCCCACAGAGUAAAACAUGUCUAUUCCUUGGGUUUCUUGCUAUUUCUGUUGCUUACAUAUAGAAUAAAUGUAUUUACAUGCUGUAAGCCUGUCAUUGUGGACAGUGUCCUAAUGUCUUGUAUUGCUACCUAAAAUAGUUUCUUUUUGGUUCUCCUUUUCUUCUUGUUUUGGGGGGGGUAUGGGGAAGGGGGGAGGGGCCCUUAGACCAUCGUAUGCUCUAGCCAAGUAGUUACCACAGUUCUGAGGAUACUCUUAAACAAGAUUAUACUGUUGAGGUUGGGGGUUUUUUUAAUCUUGUGUCCAGGGCACUUUGUAAACUAUCUUACUGAGUGUUCAGAUGUCUUUUCAGGUAUUACGCUGGCUCUCAUCUGGCCACAGAGUAACUAAUUGUUUGCAGGCUGGCUUGCUUAAUAUCAGGCAGUGCAAAGAUCAGAGUGGUUUGUGAAUGAAAAACCAAACCUUUGGCCCUUCUCCCGCAAGGACUCCAAUGAGGUAUUGACUUUGGGGUCACCACCGCAAUCCAUUCCUAGUUUGUGAGUGAAACCUUAAGUUCAUAAAAUGAGCUGCACUGCAGAUUUUUAAAUGCUGAAGCAUGUAUCGUGGCCACCCCUUGAAGUGGGAAUUUAGGAGAAAUGCGAAGUGUAUACAUAUACAGACAGAGAGGAGAAAUUAAAGGACACCUACUGCUGGAGGCUUGUAGCUCAGAUAUUAGUUAUGACCAACUUUUGCUUGGCAAGGUGAAGGUCAAAAUUCAGUGCUGUAGCAUUGCUGCAAGGUCAAAUAGGCAGUACAUCGAGAGCCAACAGAGUAAAAACUGGCAAGGAACUAGAGUUGGACUUGAACCAAAGCCACAGAAAUGAGCCCUCAAGUUUGGUAGGUCAAGCUCCUUGCUUGAAAUAGGAGCAUUCAGUUUAUUUACUUACUUGUCCUUUAAGCUUGGCACCUGCUCCCUGAAAUCUGAAAAUCCCUUUAUCCAAAAGUCCUUUGAAAAGCUCUGCCUAUACAAAAAGGCAAUGAUAAUCCAGAGUUCCCACAAACCUCUAGCACCAAAUAGGUAUUUCACAUUUUCUGUGACGCUGGUUACACGUUUUUAAUAGUGGUUCAGUCUCCUCAACUACUUACAAAGAAAUGAAUUGCUAUGUGUGCUGAACCCUGGGCCUGCCCUUUUCUCCAAAAGCAUCCCAUGCCAUGGCACGCGAGUAACUUCUCAGUGCCCAUGAAGAAGCGGGAUGUAAUCAGGCAGGGCACCCUGCAGCGGCGAGGUGACUCUCUGAGUACUGGCACUCUGGUUUCCAGCUGCUGGCUUGCAGCUGGUGGGACAAUAGCCUCGACAUGAGAAUAGCUCAUGCAGCCCCGAGAGCUUCUUUGGCUUCUACCAGCUGGCUCUUGCUACGGCUUGCCAGCAAAUCUGGGAGCUUAAACAGUACAAAUAAAAAGCAAAAUUGGUCUGGAAAGUAAACAAAAUUAGAAAGAAGGAGAAGAAAAAUACUCGUCUGCCAUAGUUCUUGCAAGGAACCUUGCAAAAACACCCCCCGAGCUGUGAGUCAAUGACCUACUUUGAAGCAGGGUAUGCAAUGCAGCUGAGAGAGAAGUUUGGCAUUACCUGACAUUACUGUUUUGGCACAUCUGUGUGCUGGACUUUUUUGCUGACAUGUGUCCUGUCUGUUAAUGUUGAAGAGUGGGGGGGAAAGAAAAAGCAAAGAUGGUACCUUUGGUACCUUUCUAAAGCAAAGGAGGGCCCAUAGGAAAUGAAACGUCUGUGUGACCCAGGCCAAGAGGGUUUAUUGCAUUCCUCCCUCCUCUUCCCAUGUUUCAAUUCUAUCAGGGUUCAUUUUCUUUGCUAUUCAGAUCUGGAGAACUAUUUUGGUUUUGAUUUCCCUAUUGCUGUAUCUUCUAUGCAAUUCCUUUUCUAAAAACUGACUUACUACCAGAGAAGUGCUAGCCAUUGCAUUAUUUGUAUUGCUGUACAGUGGAGGUGUGGUUUACUAGUUCUGCGUGUGCCUCUUACCCCCCUCCCUUUUUCUCCUUCCCUCUGUUUGUAAAUGCCUGCAUUUAUUCUGUCAGCCUGACAUGUACAAAGUGUAAGAAAGAAUUUUUAAACAGGUAAUAAAUUAUAUUUAUAAGCAACUGGAAAAAAGAAAACCCACCACUACCUUGUGUUCAAUUGUUUAGUUCCUGGAAGCUUGGAAGCAAAGAGGAACCUUUUAUUUAGUUACUUAAAAAAAAAAAUCAGCUCAAAAGAAAUGUAUCUGCACAUAAGAACUCCAUGUGACGUAGUCUCCCUCAUAAAAUACCAUUCAUGACAUCCACACGCCUAUGCAGGCUGUUCCAUUGCACUUCAUAAAUCCCUCCACCUCUCCCUCCCCAUGGGGUUUUACCCCAGCAGCUACAGGAGGAUUCACCCCGGACAGUUUUCCUGGGAUUUGCGUUUCAUGGCUGCAAAUGUGGAGAAAAGCAACAGGCAAGAAAAUGCAUCCUCAGCUGCUGAGCUCAGCUCCCCUCCCCGCAUCCAGCCUUUUUGUUACAGAGGGGAGCAGCCCACCGGGCUUGUUGCAGAUGCCUAGGAGGCAAACUAAAUGCCACUUGGGCUAGGUGAUUUUGUCCAGCAAUACCUGCUUAUGUCCAGUUUAGCCAGGUGGAUAAAAUGCCCAAACACUGAAGUUCACCCUUCUCACACCUGUCCCCCGCUGUCAAGAGAUGAUGGUUGUUUCUCACCAGCCUCAGCAUUAAACUCUGGUUUCAGGGGGUGCAAGAGGCAAUUCCCAGCACAGCUGCUGCUCCCAGCUGAGGAGUGGGGGGGUGGUGGGAAAACAGUCAUCUCUUAGAGCCAGCCCCUCAUCAACGGGUCGUCCCCGGGCUGAGGAGCUCAUCCUACCCAUGAGGGAGGCGAUACGGGGCCUGUGCGCUGCCGGGGACAGCACCAUCCCAUCCCAUCCCCUCCCCUGGGGACGAAGGGCUGCCUGUUGGCCCUCGUGCUCUCCUGCUGUGCUGUGCUGAGGAACGCUCAGCCCUUGCCGUCUCGUGUGCCAGACCCACAGCCUGCCAGCACGGCUGCGCUAUAUGCUCGCUCAGCAGCUCUCCCUCAAAGAGGCAAGUCAAGGUUAAGCCAAAGCAGCAGCACUCUGAUAAUGUACAAAACCAAACACAGCAAACAGCCCAAAAGCUGAGAACAAGUGCAUUUGCCAGGUUUGUAACAUGCUGCAGUCCAGCUGGAAAAGGGCAGACCUUUAAAAACCUGUCCCCUGUAUGCUUGAUUUACAGCAAGCUUUUCCCAAGGUGUAAGGUAGCUUUAUUUUAUUUUCCUCCCAUUGCAAGGCUUAACACAAACUAGAUGGCAGGCAGAAGAAAUGCUCAGGCUGCUCUCCCUAAGCACAGAACACCGCCAGCUUCUUCAUUCUGCAAUGAAGGGCAUUGCUAACACAAGGCUCCUCUUUUCCUGGCUUCUCUGCUAAAAAUGGGUUGUGGGCCAUCUCUACCCAUUGGCUCCUGUAAUUUAUUUGCACUUAACGGGCAGUAAGUCUUCACAGGACGCCGGGCACAGGCAGCCCCACAGUACCCACUCGUGUGGAGGUCCUUAUGGGGGAGGGAGCUGGGGACUGCCAGGAGUGGCAGGUUACUGAGCCAAGACCUGCCACCCCAAGACCAGAUGAAAUCCUGGGCAUUGCUCAAGUACAUCAAGCAUGGCACAGAGCUGCAGCCAAGCACCAGUGACAGGUUUACUCCUUCCAAAAGCCACUGGACCUUUGGCAGCAUGAAGGGAGAACUAUUCAUUUUUUUCUUUUAUGAUUAUCUUCUAAUAGGAAGAGGUAGAUGAUGUAUGAAGAGGAUGUGGAGCUAUGAUGUGAAUAGAGAAUCUGUAUCCCAAGGGACCUGAGGCAUAACUUCUUCAAUGGUGACUUUUGUCACCAUGUGGUCCCUCAGCUAAUGAGAGCUGAGCUGCAGGCAGGGCUGGUUUCUCUAAAACUAAGAUGCCCGCUUCAGACACAGUUGCUGCUUUUACAUUUCCUGAUCUCUGUCUGUCCGUCUGUCUGCUCUUCUGAUUUUGUCUUUCCAUAUACAGCUUUCACAGUAUACAAGCUCUUUUCUGUCCAUCCCACUAUUCCCACCCUGUCUACAUGUAUUGCUGAGCUCGAGAUUCCUUUGGUUUCUGACACCCCUGUGAGCUGGGUCUGCCGCACCCUGCAGUCUUUGCAUUGGCCAAGCAGUUCCCUCCUUAUCUUCAGGGACUUUUUCUUCAGGUACCUCACCUCUAGCUGUUCUUCCUGAGACUCCUGGAAGUGUCUGCUCUGGCAUUUCUGCAUGUGAAGGUGGGACUGCAACUCUCCUUCCCAGGUAGUGAAAGGCAAGGUUCAGUGUGUCUCACAAGGAAGCAGAGCUCCAGUUUCAGCAGGGGACAGUAGUGUGACUCUGCCAACCCUGAAUGGAAGUGAAACGGUCCCCGCAUUGCCUGCGGCUGCACAAGAUAAGGGUAACUAAGCCUAGCAAGGUGGAGAGGAAAGAAAAUGAGAACAGAGCCUAGGACUGCCCCAAAAAGCCAUACCUAGAAAGUUAGGGGAAAAAGCAAAGGAACAGAAGGCGGCUCCAGAAACACCUAUUGCCAACAUGCUGGAGAAGGUGCAGCCUGGACGGGUGGUGCUGGAGCACCAGCGCUGUGUGGCCAAGGGGAGCAGAACAGCUCCAAAACUAUGGCCUACGGUGACAUGCCAGGGACAACGUGGAGCAAGCACUGGGCUUUCCCACCUAGACAUGGCCUGGCCAAGGGACUAUGGAAACACUGCUGGAGAAUAACCAGAACGCCCCACUGCUGAUCCCAGACAGGCCAGGGCAAAGCAGGAGGGCUGCUGGGUCUGUGUUAGUCACUGGCAAGAGGUGGCUCAAGGGAAAAUCACUGUUGACACAUUUCUCUGAAAAUAACUGGCAAUUACACAUUAGGAAGCACUGCAUGCUCAAACACAGCACUGCAGAAUGAGAAGAGAGCUCAGGCCAUAAAUACAAAUACAUAAAAAUACCUCCAUGGAUGUGGAGAAACACACGCUCCAAUGUCUCUCAGAACUAAGCAAGGCCACAUUUCAGCUGAUGCAGUAUAUGUAGGCUGCAACUUUUUUUCUCCUGAAGCACGCGUCUGGAAAAUCUAGCUUCAGUCUGUGCACAGAUUACCUCCUGUGCCUCUUGUGCUAUUAAAAAUAGUAGCUGCAAUUCAUAAAUAUGUGAGGGAAAGAAGGGAAGGGGGGGCCCUCACAAAAAUAUUAUGUCAAUGCCAAAUUUCUAUAGAUUUGCAUAAUCAGCCAUAAAAUGCGAGUAACUGCUCUAUUAGUGAUAACACUAUUUUAAUUACUAUUUCUCUCUUUACUGAGUUGUGAAAGGGGUGAUGCUUUUUUUAUGCCAGUGGAAGCAUAUGCAACAUCUUACUGUUUACUUGUUUGCUCAGCAGAAAAAUCUUAUAAAAAAAAUAAAUAAAAUGAGGCACGGUCAAAAUAAUCUAGCUAGGGAAAUGAAACCCAAAGGUGGUGCUUUUCAAGCACAUGAAAAGUAAAUAGAAGUAAAAGCAAUCUCUUUCAUGGGCAGAUGGAAACAAUUUUAUUUGGGGGAGUGUUAAAACAACCAUGUACAAUUUGAACAAAUACAACGUAACAGUUUGUUCCCCAGGUUUUCUAAUUACAGUAUUUACAGGUUUAAUAAGGCACUGGUUCUCAAAAAAGAACAUAAAUUAGUUUCUUAGUCUUUACAUUGUCAACCUUUUCUUUAACAGAAAUAAUUUUGUGCUAGAGAAAGGAUAGGAGUUGCUAGAUGGCAUCUCUCUUACUUUUGGGUUUUUUCCCCUCCUCUCCCACUUACCUAUGCCAUCUUAUCUACGCCAAUAAGUCACUAAACUUAACUUCCUUCAGUGAUUUACAUCUGAAAACUGGAUUUCCAGACCUGCGGGCACUGAAGCCAUGAUUAUCUCCACCACGAACUUCCAAGCCCUCAUCGACGUGCCCUGUGAAACUACCAAAAUCUGGAAGUGAUGUUAGAAGGCCACACCUGGCAAAAUAAACGUACUAACCUGUAGUCACUGUGCAUGCUGAAACCAUAAUAAUUACAUGUUGAGCACUGCAGAAAGUCAGCCAUGCAGGUGGUAACUUGAAUAUCACUGUGCCAGAACAAACGACUUCGAAGCUUGCCUUAGGCUGCUUUGCGGCCUUAGAAAUAUUUGUUUACAGUAUCAUCGAUUACAGUGGGUAGGAGAUUUGAGGGCAAAAUCUGGCUUUUUUGAGUCUUGGGAGAAAAUGGGCAGGCUCUAGUUAUCCAACUGCAGACCCUUUGCUUUCUCAGGUGUGUCUCCUUUUAUAUAUAGUCUUUUUUAUUAUUAUUAUUUUCCUAUAUGAAACUGUUGCAGUGAUUUGUCAUUUAUGCAUUUUCAUAAAUAAAUAUUAUGUUUUAUUUAGUGCUUUA